AUGGAUUCCGACACUGGGUCCAACUGCAGCCGCUCCUCGUCCCCGGAUCUGGUGGUGGACGACGCCGCCGGGAGCUUCUUCUCCAACAAGAUGUUCCAGCGAUACUGCCAGGAGAACAGGACGGACGGCGAGGCCGGCCACGGCAGGACGGAGCGCUGCGGCGGGGCGGCCGGCAAGAUCAAGGGCAGGUCCGAGCUCAGCAAAGAGGAGAUGCAAGACAUGAGGCUGAAGGUGAACAGCAGGGAGAGGAAGCGGAUGCACGACCUGAACCAGGCCAUGGACGGCCUGAGGGAGGUCAUGCCGUACGCUCACGGACCGUCGGUACGCAAGCUCUCCAAGAUCUCCACUCUGCUGCUGGCUCGCAACUACAUCCUCAUGCUGUCCAGCUCUUUGGAGGAGAUGAAGAAGCUGGUCGGGGAUGUUUACGGAGGCAAUGCUGCAGUACAGAAUCGCACCGCUGCCCACCCUACAAUUACCCCGACAGCCGCCGCAGCCGCCCAUCUUCCACUCCAUCCUCUGGCCCAGUCCCUCCACUCACUCGUGGGCAGCACUCCUUCCACUCUUCAGCACCACUCGUCGUCCCCUUCCUCAGCCCCGGCGCCGCACUCUCCCCCAUCCGCCAGCUUCCUGGGCUUUCACGCCCCGGUGCAGAGCCUCCUGAAGGACCCCCUCCAUCUGACCGGCUCCUACAGGCACUUCCCCGGCAUGCCCUGCCCGUGCACGCUGUGCCAGCCGCUGCCCGCCACCACCGCCACGUUACACAGCUUGUCUAUGAACAAGUGA